AUGGUGGCCAUUGCAUUUGCAUACAUCACACUAACCGUCAGAAAAAGUGGGCCUGGCCUUACCUUCUUGUCAUUGCUUGCUCUAGACAUUGCCAGCCACUGGCUGCAAAUGUACAGUACUUUCUUGACGGGAAAGGCUAGUCAUAAAGAUGUAAAAGACAGCAGCAACUGGCUUUUCAGGGCAUACUAUGGAAAUAGGAUGUUUAUGGCUUACUGUUGUGUCUCAUGUGAGGUUCUUUACUUAAUCCUGUUUUAUCUUGCGGAGAAUCAAAGAGAGAAAUUGGUGGACGUUAUAUCAAGUAAUUUGCAAAAGACAUCGUUACUUUCUUUCCUACUGGGUACUACUUUAUUUGGAUGGGCAGUCAAGCAAAUUGUAAAUGUUAUACAGAUGAAAACAGCAGCAGAUGCGUGUGUGCUUUAUGAUAUUGACAAAAAACAUAAGAACUGA